CUCAUUUCCAUUUUGGCUCCAAAUAAACAGAGAGAGAGAGAGAGAGAGAGAGAGAGAGAGAGAAGAGUUCGCAUACUCUUUCUCCCUUAUAUAAAUACAAAAGGUUCGUUCCUUUCGUUUUUCAGCUUCGUUUCGUUCUUUCUUCCCAGUUUCUUCUUCGCUUCGCUUCUCUUCGAUAUUCGAAAUCUGCAGCUCCAAGCGAUCCAUGCAAUGGCCUCCUCCGAGAUUAACUGGGACAGGCUAGAUAAAAAGAAGUUCUUUGUCGUGGGAGCAGGACUCUUUACGGGUGUUACAGUGGCACUCUACCCGGUAUCUGUUGUGAAGACUAGGCUGCAGGUUGCCUCAAAGGAUACUUUGGAGAGAAGUGUGUUUUCUGUUGUGAAAGGGUUGCUUAAAACGGAUGGCAUCCCUGGUUUGUAUAAAGGGUUUGGUACAGUUAUCACUGGCGCAAUUCCUACCAGAAUCAUAUUCCUCACUGCCUUGGAGACGACAAAGGUGGCUUCCUUCAGGAUGGUGGAGCCAUUUAGACUAUCUGAAACUAAUCAGGCGGCCAUAGCAAAUGGAAUUGCAGGCAUGGCAUCAUCAUUUUUGGCACAAUCUCUGUUUGUUCCAAUUGAUGUGGUUAGCCAAAAGUUGAUGGUGCAAGGAUACUCAGGCCAUGCCCAAUAUAGUGGGGGUUUGGAUGUUGCUCGUAAGGUGUUAAGGUCUGAUGGCAUCAGGGGAUUAUAUAGAGGAUUUGGUCUAUCUGUCAUGACUUAUGUACCAUCUAAUGCUGUAUGGUGGGCAAGUUACGGUUCAAGUCAACGCUACUUAUGGAGAUUCUUGGGAGAUAAUAAUGAGGAAGAUACUCCUAGUCUACCAAAGAUUAUUUUUGCUCAGGCUACUGGAGGGAUCAUUGCUGGUGCUACUGCAUCCUGCAUUACAACCCCAUUGGAUACUAUCAAGACACGGUUACAGGUGAUGGGACUUGAAAAGAAAAUCUCUGUAAAACAAGUUGUUAAAGAUUUGAUCACUGAGGAUGGAUGGAAAGGUGUAUAUAGAGGAUUAGGUCCAAGAUUUUUCAGCAUGUCAGCAUGGGGUACUUCAAUGAUAUUGGCUUAUGAAUAUCUGAAACGCUUGUGUGCAAAAGAUGGAGGAGGCAAUUGAUCUGUCACUGGUGGUCUUGUUUCGAAUUUGGCAAGAAUAUGCUCAUAAAUUACACAAUGGCAAUUGAGCCCAGGAUUUUGCUGCUGGACAUAAUCAGAUUUGCUGCUUAAAAGGUUUUAAACUUUAAGUAGACAGACAGUUAUGCUAACUGAUUGUUCAUCUAGGAAAUAAUCGUUGGAUACAAAGAUAUGGAAUUUUGCUUAUUAGAAAAUUAGUUUCAUUCUUUUCGAUGAUUAAAUCGGAUAUAGGUGUAUUCUUUUCCAACAUUGUUAUUGAUAAUGUACAAUAGGAGGAAAAAAGUUACAAUCAGAUUUUAUUUUAUGCC